AUGCCGCCGCACGUAGCGGAGUCUCCGGCCAAAAAGCAGAGCAAGUGGUCGCCGGAGGAAGAUGCCUUGAUCAUCGAACUUCGGGGGAGCGGGAUGAAGUGGGAAGACAUUUCGAAACGUCUUCCGGGACGAAGCGCCAUCAGUUGCCGGCUUCACUACCAGAACUACCUCGAGAGGCGGAGUGAGUGGGACGAGGAGCGGAAAAACAAGCUCGCGCGGCUUUACGAAAGGUUCAAGCCGGAGAUGUGGGCAAAGGUUGCGGAAGAGAUGGCCGUUCCUUGGCGAGCCGCCGAGGCCAUGCACUGGCAGCUUGGCGAAGCCGACAUGGCUCGACGGGCCGGUGUUGUGCCGUUUUCUCUGACGGCCGUCAACGUCGACCAACCGGGUGCCGGUCACCGACACUCGCCUUCCCGCGGCCACAUGCACUCACAGUCACAGGGCAGCCUGCCCCGGGACAUUGGCGGUCCUUCCCCGCGAUACGGCCGACCGCCACCGCCACCGCCACCGCCGGGCAUAUCGCCGAUCCCCGGCGGACGAGCCCUCGCCGCCCGACGCGAAAGCAUUACCGGAAGGCCGCCGCCGCCGCCGCCAAUGGGGCCAGACCCGAACGAAAUGGCGAGCAUGACGCAAAGCGGCCCCGGGCUAGCACCGAUCCAGGGGCUCCCGCCGAGCCGAAGCUCCGGGAUGCUUCCGGGGGUGGCCGAACUGACGACAGGCAUGAGCCCGUACAGCACCCCGGCCUACGCGCUGGGAGGCAUGCCCACGGCGAGCCCCGUACCCAGCGCCAGAGCGAGCCCGGGACCGCUACUCCCCGCCCUCCACUACCCGGCGCCCCACGAGCCUCCCGGGGCCAAGCGACGAGCGAGCCCGGGCACGGAGAUGAUGGGCUCGAGGGAGACGAGCCGGCGACGGCACAUGGACCCCCGGCAGGAGGAGAUGGAUCGGCGGCGUAUUGCAUGA